UCUAAAGGACAUUAUAAUGCAAGGGACCUCCUUUUUUAACCACAAACCGAAUUUUCGUUCAUUUAGACGAUAUAUACUUUUUAAAUUGCCCCCAAAGUUGUAGGAUUUUUUUGGAGCGCAUUUUCGCCCUGGAGCGGUACGCGAUGCUCUCUCACGCCGACCUCCUGGAUGCUCGGCUCGGUGAGUUAUCAUCACUAAACUCCGGCCCUAAACUCCAGUGGAUGAAGGAUGCUGCAGAGUUACUCGGACACCGAGAGGCUCUCAAGUGCCGGCUGGGAGGUGGAGUGCCGGACCAGGGGCAUCCGGGAGACAUGGCCCCUGGUUCGGACUCUGUGGAGGGGACCACUCUCCUGCCGGGCGAAGACAUCGCCACAGUGGGAUCCAACUCUGCCGGUAUGCCGGUGAACGGGAAGGAGCAAGAGAAGCAGCAGCAGCAGCCGCAGCAGAACUCCAGUCAGACCGCCAGCCAGCAGAAACAGAAGCGGCACAGGACGCGCUUCACGCCGGCGCAGCUCAACGAGCUGGAGCGCAGCUUCGCCAAAACCCACUACCCUGAUAUCUUCAUGAGGGAGGAACUGGCGCUGAGGAUCGGUCUCACCGAGUCCAGAGUUCAGGUUUGGUUUCAGAACAGACGCGCUAAGUGGAAGAAAAGGAAGAAGACCACCAACGUUUUCCGCGCCCCUGGGACGCUGCUCCCUACACCAGGCUUGCCACAGUUCUCUGCCGCGGCCGCCAUGGAGAACAGCCUGUGUUCCUUCCACGCCAACGACUCUCGCUGGGCCACGGGGAUGCCGGGGGUCUCCCAGCUGCAGCUCCCGCCGGCCCUGGGUCGUCAGCCGGGCAUGGCGCAGUCUCUGUCACAGUGCAGCCUGGGUCCAGGCCCGCCUCCAAACUCCAUGGGUCUCUCCAACGGCCUGUCCUCCAACGGCUCCGGCCUGCAGUCCCACCUCUACCAGUCGCAUUUCCCAGGAAUGUCGGCCUCUCUCUCCGGCCCCACGAACGUAUCGGGCUCCCCGCAGCUGUGUAGCUCCCCGGACAGUGACAUGUGGAGAGGGACAAGCAUCGCGUCACUAAGGCGCAAAGCGCUGGAGCACACAGUGUCCAUGAGCUUCACUUAGUGACUUUUCACCCCAACCACACCCUUCUCCUAAGUCCCUCUCCCAGCCUCACCCUGCGGCUCUUUUUUUUUUUUUCAGUUUUUAUUCACGCUAUUUAGAUCCAAACAAAGAACGAGUGAACUAAUCAGGCCUGAAAUGUGAGAAAAUGGAGAUAAGUGAGACUUCAUUAUACAAAAAAAUAAAAGGACAACAGUGAUGGACAAAUGGAGGAAAGCAAACUUGGGUUUGGGGUUAUUUAUUUGUUAAUUCAAAAGGAUUUUAUCAACUAUUGAUGAUAAAUACUAUUGUAAUGAUCUCUAAACUAUAGGCCCUAAUUACUGAGAGCCAACAAUCGUCGUAUUUGCGUUUUCAUUGAGUGUGUCUUUACGCACACGUUAUUGUGUUCAGGUGACGUUGUGUUCUGUCAAACGGUUAUUUAUAAUUGGGAUUGGGUAUACAUUUUGGUAACAGCCUACCACACACGCACCAAACUGACGGUGAGCCUCUCGGCGUGGCUCUCAGGCCUGCACUGUGCAUGUGGAUUUAAUAAUUAAAGGAGAACAUGGUGCCCACUCAGACCGAACCGGUGCUUUUGUUAGGUGACCUCAGUCUCGUUUGCAUGAGACGGGAGCAUAAAUCUGAAUAGGGAAAAAAAAAACAAUAUGAUCUUUCAGUAGGCCUACUCUGUUUUAGGAUGUUUUGUGUAGAUAAAACAUUCUUGCUAUGUACCCGCUGGUCUUUUUUGUGACAUGUUUUAACUUAUUGUAUGUGCUAUAACUUGACACAUUUCUUAAAUGUUUGAUCUUACAUCGAAAUGCACCACAUUGAAGGGUUUGUACCAAUUUCAAAAUGAACAAACGAAUAAAAGUAAUUUUCAAGAAUGUCAAAAACAAGAA